AUGUUUCUCUCGGCUUUGGGCUUUUAUGCGAACUCAAAUGUGAUUGUGGCGAUUGGAUUGGAUCGACUUAAAGUCGUUUACACAAGUCAUGUACAAGGAGCCACUUCAGUUCGCCGAGUGCAGAAUUUGAUCAGCGGCUCGUGGGCGCUGGCAAUCAUUUGCUCACUGCCACAACUCUUCUUCUGGGACGCGAUUCAUGUCAAAAAUGGAAACUACAUACAAUGUUCUGCGUUCAUGUCAACCCCAAUGGAAGAGCUGCUUAGAUGGUGGCCCGGUUUACCCAUCACCUACGAGCUUUUGCAUCAAGCCGCCGUUUUCUGGAUCCCGUUUACGAUCAUUUUCUUCUCAUAUCUUUUGAUUGUCAUUCGAUUGUUGCACUAUACGUUUACACCGAAAAAAGUUGUUCGCUCAAGCAAAAGCUCGCACUCUGAUGUCUCAUGUCGACAAGCCGUUUCCUAUAAUCCACUCAGAGUUCCCUCUUCCUGUGACCACUUAAUUGUCGAAUCGAUUGCUUUGGAUAAAGUCGAAGUGUCAAAAGGACCACUCGGCUCAUGGCUAUCCGUAUCGACGUCGACUCCAAACUUCAAGAAAAGCUCCACUGCUUCGGAUCCAGGACCAAGAGCAAUUCAACAAUCGAAACAGAGAUUUUGUGCUCGUCUCAAGGGUUUCUCGACUUUUACGAGAACGGGAAGCUUGCCAAUUUGGCGACGACAGAUUAGAUCAAGAAUUUUCAUCACAGCGCUUGCUGUUGUCGCGGCUCAUUGCAUGAUGUGGUUACCGUACAAUUUGAUCAACACAUUGAGGUUUGCAAAA